AACCCUUUCCGGUCGGGAGCUGCGUGGAUGUUCCUGGGGAGUUUUUGAAAGCUGCAAGUCCAGAACUUCUUGACGCCCGGGAGGCUGCACGGGGCAGCCCCGAAACCUGCACCAUGCCACAAAACGAAUAUAUUGAGUUACACCGUAAGCGCUAUGGUUAUCGUUUGGACUACCAUGAGAAAAAGAGAAAGAAAGAAGGUCGUGAGGCUCAUGAGCGUUCAAAGAAAGCAAAAAAGAUGAUUGGUCUGAAGGCUAAGCUCUACCAUAAACAGCGUCAUGCAGAGAAAAUACAAAUGAAAAAGACUAUUAAGAUGCAUGAAAAGAGAAACACCAAACAAAGGAAUGAUGAAAACACCCCACAAGGAGCAGUACCUGCGUACCUGCUGGACAGAGAGGGACAGUCCCGGGCUAAAGUACUUUCCAAUAUGAUUAAACAAAAACGAAAAGAGAAAGCGGGAAAAUGGGAAGUUCCUCUGCCCAAAGUUCGUGCCCAGGGAGAAACAGAAGUCUUAAAAGUUAUUCGAACAGGAAAGAGAAAGAAGAAAGCAUGGAAGAGAAUGGUUACUAAAGUCUGCUUUGUUGGAGAUGGCUUUACGCGAAAACCACCUAAAUAUGAAAGAUUCAUUAGGCCAAUGGGUUUACGUUUUAAGAAAGCCCAUGUAACACAUCCUGAACUGAAAGCUACAUUUUGCCUGCCAAUACUUGGUGUAAAGAAGAAUCCCUCAUCUCCACUGUAUACUAGUUUGGGUGUUAUCACCAAAGGAACUGUCAUUGAGGUCAACGUCAGCGAGUUGGGCCUUGUCACACAGGGAGGCAAGGUUAUUUGGGGAAAAUAUGCCCAGGUUACCAACAAUCCUGAAAAUGAUGGAUGCAUCAAUGCAGUCUUACUGGUUUAACAGCAGUUUCAUACAAAUAACUCCUCAUAAUUACAGAAGACCAGACACCAGUCAGGAACGCCACUAUUAAGCUACAGUCAUCAAGAAAAAUGCAUAUUGGACAAAACAUUAAAGUGGUCCAGGUUUACAAA